AACAGGCCUCGCAAAACCAGUCCGCGCCGUCGCCUUCUCGCCAGGCUGCAAGCGUCUCGCCGCCGCCGGCAACGCAGGCAUCAUCGCCAUCUACGACAUGCAGCACGGCGAGCACGUCGCCAACCUAUCUGCCACCGGCACCCGUCCCGCGUGGAUCACCUCGAUCGACUGGAACGACACGGGCGAAUACUUGUUGAGCGGAUCGUUGGACGGCAAAGUCAGAGUGUGGGAUGUAGCGAGGGGUGUCUGUGUCGCGACACACAGCGAGACCGAGAGUGCCCUCUGGUGCGUGAGGUGGUUGCCAAAGUCGGAGAAGGCACUGGCGCCGGGCAUGGGCAAGGGAGAGAUGUUUGUGGCGGCGGGGGCGAAUAGGAGUUUGACGUUUUAUCGGGAGGCUACUGGGUCAUAGGCCACAUAGGGUGAUAUUUAGUCGGCCCGUUGACUCGCUCAGAUCAAAAGAAUGGGAUCGUGAGUUGGAUUGGCAGAGGAGGAGUGGAG